AUGGCAGCAUCUCUCACUACAUUCUCCAGGCUCAUCUCUUCCACCACCGUCUCUCUCCUCCCUCCCAAAACCCUCCCGUCCAAACUCUCUCUCCGCCUUCCUACCCGCCGCCACCACAAGCCCAUCAGAUUCUCUUCCUCAUCCUCCACCAUCACCGCCGCCAUAGGCGUGGGCGACAAGCUCCCGGAGGCGACCUUCUCUUACCUGGACUCAGACGGCGAGGUGAAGACGACGACGGUGUCGGAGCUGACGAAGGGGAAGAAGGCGGUGCUUUUCGCGGUGCCGGGCGCGUUCACUCCCACGUGUUCGCAGAAGCACGUGCCGGGUUUCGUAGAGAAGUCGGGGGAGCUGAAGGCGAAGGGGGUGGACACCAUUGCAUGCAUCUCUGUCAAUGAUGCUUUCGUGAUGAAGGCAUGGAAGGACGAUCUCAAGGUUAACGACGAGGUGCUGUUGUUGUCCGAUGGAAACGGAACGUUCACGAAAGCCAUUGGGUGCGAGCUCGAUCUCAGCGACAAGCCCGUUGGGUUGGGCGUUAGGUCUAGGCGCUACGCGCUCUUGGCUGAGGAUGGGGUUGUGAAGCUCUUCAAUUUGGAGGAAGGGGGUGCCUUCACUUUCAGCGGCGCUCAGGAUAUUCUCGAUGUCCUUUGA